AAUUUUCAUUGGUUUUUCUGUGCUAAUGUUGACAGGUUCUAUUUGAAAAUGCAUUACCGUCGUCUGAUCCUGGAACCCUGGAGCAAUUAAAAGAGUUGAGCUCCAGAAGGAGAGCUAUCGAAUCCAUCAAUCAGAAUAGCUUUGUGACAGAGGCCAUUGCUAGAGAAAUGUCUGGGGGGUUGACUUCUCGAUGUGAACAGAAUAUACAGAAGGUAGAACAAUAUUUGCCACUUUUCGGGAACUUGAUACAUCAUGUAAAUAUAGUUGGUGACAACCCGAAGAUGGCUCGAUGGAUUUCUGACCUAAAGAUUAGGUGGAGCAGCUCUCUUGCUCCAUCCUCCUUUUUCCAUCUUAGCGGUCCAAAACUUUAUCAAAUGGAUAAUUUGCAUUUUGAACUUGGUAUGACACUUUUCAUUCUUGGUGCAUUACUUCGAGAUCAAGCUUUGGAAGUUCUGUCAACAGAUCUAGUGCAAUCUGCCACAAUUCUCAGAAAAGCUGCGGGAAUUUACCAACAUCUAGCUCAGGUUGUCCUUCCGUGUUUGCAGCCUGAGUUGGCACCAGAAAGGCCACCAGAAGCUCUAAUUAGUGUCUCUGCUGCAACCACCCUUGUUUGUUUAGCUGAGGCACAGGCUGUGACAGUGAAGAAAGCAGAGCAAAAAGGGAAUACUGGAGGACUUUUGGCAAAGCUGCACUAUGGUGUUUGUGAGUUUCUUAAUGAAGCUAUUGAUACCUUGCAUUCAGCCACCAAGCAGUGCAAAGACAUUUCAUCUUUGACGGACUAUAUUACGACCUGUAAAAUGCUGCAUGAGUUACUCAGUUACAAGUAUCUCGCGGAGAGUCUAAAGACGGAGGGGAAAAUAGGCUUUGCUAUUGGAGUUCUUUAUCAUGUGAUACAAAGUUCAGAAAAACAUACACCAAGAGAAGAGUCAUGGAGACUAGUUUAUAAGCAAGCGAUUGAUGACUUGACUGUGCUGCUCCGGAAGUAUGAACACGAGAAUGAGUUUGUCUGGCACGAGAAAAUUCCGAUGCAGGAUGAGUUGCCGGUACCUCAAGGUGUCAAGAUUGUUAGUUCCAUACUUUAUCAACCACAAAGAUGGGAAAGAACACUUGUUUUCAAAAUGUAAAAGUAAAUGUUCUUUUGUUGAGAGGACUUCAAAGUCCAUUUGAGUGUUUU